ACAGCACGGUUGUCAUUGCAUUGAAAUCUUUAGUACGAACUACUGGGUUGUAACGUCAGGGCUGAGCUGCUUGGUUCCAUUGUCCUGCCAGUGAUGCUUAGCUAAAGUCUCCUGUCUUCAAACUGUUGUAGCAACGUGCUUUUUGCUAGGCAGGCUUAGCCACACCACAUUUACAAUAGAUAAACAGUCUAACACAUUUCAAAUUGUUUUAAUAGACUUAAUUCACGUUCACGUGCAACUGCAUACCGUACUUAUGAUACAAAAAGAAAACAUGCCUGCGAAUGUAUCCUCUUCCAAAGUGCAAAUAAUAGCUGCUGCUUCUUCCCAAACUGAUGGAGCCUGUUUUCCUAAUUUCCUGGAUGACGAUCAUACAGCACAUUUGAUUCGAUUGUAGGCCUUGAUGCCUCUCAAACGAUCUGAAUGUGAAUAUGUGGGUAUCUCCUCACUUUUAUCCUUCGGGCAGUUUAAAGGUUCAACACACCUGAAGCAGAAUGUUCCUUCCAGAAUGUUCCAUCUGUGCACGGUUGUCCACAUUAUCCCACUGCAGGGAUAAUGAAUAAUUACAUUGAAUGAGAGAUUUCGUGAAACCAGUACACAAAACAGAUUUUCCACUAAUUGGCUGAGGGGAAAGGCAUUCCAAGAUUCAUUCCUUCAUUUCCCAGACCACUUAUGUUCACUAGGGUCGCGGGGUUGCUAUAUUCGGGCGAGAGGCGGGGUACACCCUGAACUGGUCGCCAGCCAUUCGCAUUCACAUUCACACCUACGGGCAAUUUCGAGCCUUCAAUGAACCUACCAUGCGUGUUUUGGCGAUGUGGGAGGAAACCGGAAUACCCAGAGAAAACCCACGCGGACAAAGGGAGAACAUGGCAAACUCCACACGGGCGAGGCCGGAUUUGAACCCGGGUCCUCAGAACUGUGAGGCAGAUGUGCUAACCAGUCGCCCACCGUGCGGCCAUUCUAAGGCAAAUGAUUAUUUUAUAUUCUUUGAAGACUCUAUUUUUCCUAAAACACUUAAAAGGGAUCAAUAAUGUUGUGUAUAGAACACAGAAUAUUAAUAAAUUCACUUCUACUGCUUUUCCUGUUCAGACUCUCAGGUGAGCUGGAAAUUAUCCCCGAUGACUUUGGCCGAGUGGAGUGGUUGCCAAUUGCAGGGUUGAGCCUAAAACGAUGACAACUGACUCGACACUCCUCAACUCCGAGAUGGAGUUGGAGCAGCAAGAAGACCUGUAUCAGCAGCUGCUGUCACAGACAUUAGGAAAUAUGCAGACUGCAAAUCCAGAUUCCAAAGUGAUUCGACCGCAACCCGGAAUAUGUGUGAAGACGACGUCAGAGCGGGGCAAGCAGAAGGUCUUUGUCAACAUCUGUCAGUCAAACAUGCUUCCGUCUCCGCCGGAGAUCUCCAGGGAGAAACUUUUGGACUUGCUGCAAUCCGAAGAUCCCAGUGGCUACCGAGUUCCCAUGAGCCUCGGGGAGCCGCACAUUGAAGUGGACAACAAUUCUCAGGGUUGCACAGCAUAUGACGUGGUCAUCAACCAGGAGUUUUUCCAGAAGUGUCAGAAGGAACCCUUGUUCCAGCAGUUUGUUAUCAUGGUGUCUUUGGAAGGUUUAGAGAACAAAUACAACAUGGAGCUUAGUAGAGAAUGGAAGGUGCUGAAGAACAGGAAGUUCUUGGGGUCAGUCAGUGAGCAGAACAUUCGCACAAAAAGCAAGCCGGUUAUUCAAGAGCUGCGACCUCGGGACAUCUCCACUUCAGAGGCAAAAAGACCAGAGUUGACCUUGUAUGUGGAGCCCCCUUCUGGUGUCGCCCAGUACCUCAUUGCAGAAAUAAAGUUGCCUGGUGUGGUGAGAGACGCACGCUCCAAAACACAAACGACAGACACACCGCUGAAUCUCAUUUACAGAUCCGGUCGCUCCCGCAGCCCCUCGGUUCAUUCUCAUCAGAUUCUCAUCUUGAAGGUUUCGUCAUGCUCGCUGGUCCUCGACAUUGGUGAGGAUCGCCUCGUGUUGACAGCCCGGCCCUCGCUUUAUUGUCUCGACAUCUUCCAUCCCUUCCUCGUUGAUCAGGAGACGAGUGUGGCGCAAUACAACAGCAGCACUCAGAUCCUCACAAUCACGAUGCCUGUGGUGUCAUCUUGAAACAACCUCCGAUUAUUUCUCAAGAUGCCGCGCAAAUCGUGGUUACGCUCCACUUUCCGGAAUGAAGUGACUCUCGAGGCCUGUUGUCACUCACCCUGGGAUCCACAUUUUCCCAUUAUUGCCAAGUGGGCGACCCACUUUGCGUAAGUGAAGAAUGACGAAAAUGCGGACACUGUCGUAUUUUGAAACAGACCUUUCAGAGAACCUUAUUUAACGGAGGAUGAACGUGACAACUGCAUGCACAAACAUGAAUAUCUUGGCACUGUACUCUUUUUUUUUUUUUUUUUGUUAGAAAUUCUAACAUCAAAAUAACCUUAACCGUCCGUCUUAUGUAAGAAGUUGUUGGAAUGCCGGUUGAAGUUGCAUUUGCACCCCAAGUAAGAGCAUUUCUGACGGCUACCUUGUCAAACUAAUGUUAUUUUCCAAAUAAAAGGCGAGUCCGUGUUGCUAUGCACGUUAGUAAUAUUUCAGUGCUCUUAUGGCAGCGACAUGACCACAAUUUGUGCGCAAGUCGGAAAGCGCCAGUCUUUCACUAACCAAUGCUCACACAGUAGCAAAGUCAUAAUUGUCCUAAAUAUUUGUAUGAAAAACAUUUCUAGGCGAGAGCUGUAAAAGACUCCAAGGAAAACAAUAAAUACUACACUAAGUUUG